UUCCGCGCAGUCAGCAUAUACGAGCGUCGUUCUGUGCAGUCAGCAUAUAAGAGCGUCGUUCCGUGCAGUCAGCAUAUACGAGCGUCGUUCUGUGCAGUCAGCAUAUACGAGCGUCGUUCCGUGCAGUCAGCAUAUACGAGCGUCGUUCCGUGCAGUCAGCAUAUACGAGCGUCGUUCCGUGCAGUCAGCAUAUACGAGCGUCGUUCCGCGCAGUCAGCGGUACGUUCUUUUUCCGCAGGCGGGGGUGUCGCGGGAAGCUGCGUCGCGAGUCAGUCAGCACCUGAUGGUGUUCGCGGUGGGAGGUGGCGCACGGGUAGUGAUGCAUGGGUUUAGAAUGAUCGCACGCAGAGUGGUGCGCACUUGGCGUCUGCGCUGUCUGCAUGUGCUGCACUUCUGCUGCUUCCUGCUUGCUGCUAGUCUUCUGCUACGUUCAUUUAUACAGAGGAGCUCCCUGCAUGAUGAUAGUAAUAAUGGGAACAUUACAGAAAGUGGAAGUGUUGACAAUAUCUCUUGGGAAAGUCGUCACAACUGGAGAAAUUUAAGUGAAGAUGAAAUUCAGAGCUUAUCUGCUUUGGGAAGAAGACUUUAUUUAAGUGAAAUGAUAGGUACUUUGAAAAAUAAAACAUUUACGAUUUUGUUCUGGAAAACUGGUCCUAAAGUUGAAAGACGCUUACUCAAAGAGUAUGGUGAAGCAAAUAAAGACCCCUUUCGUACAUGUUCUACUCACAACUGCAGGCUUACUUACGAAGACGAGGCAGCAAAGACAGCAGAUGCCAUUUUGAUCCAUCUCCAUCGCACGGAAGGACCUCACACCUUCCCAAACCGAACCAAAAUAAGUCAAAGAUGGAUCUGGUUAACAGAUGAGACGCCAUACAACACCUUUAUGGUGGCUAAAGAUAAUAAUAUGGCAAAUUACAAUGGUUACUUCAAUUGGUCAAUGAGCUACAGGAUGGACAGUGAUGUCCCAGUACCGUACGGUAGAACAGUGGAGAUGUCUCCAGACGAGGCUGCCUCAUAUCAAUACGUUGAUUAUUUCAAACUAAAGCCAAAAACUGUAGCAAUACUAGGAUCAAACUGUGGGGGUAUAAAUAGAAGAUGGGCAUAUGUGAGAGAACUGAAGAAGCACAUGGAAGUAGAUGCAUAUGGAGGCUGUGGCAACCUGAAGUGUUCGGGACAUUUCACUAAGGACUGCGAAGCUCUUAAUGACUACAAAUUUUAUUUAGCAUUUGAAAAUGGGGAUUGUCGUGAUUAUUUAACAGAGAAGGUGUGGUGGAAUGCCUUAGGGAAGGGAGCUGUUCCUGUGGUAAUGGGUACAUCGGUGGAAAACUAUAAAAAGCUUAUGCCACCAAAUUCCUUCAUUCACAUCGAUGAGUAUGAUUCACCACAACACCUCGCCAAGCACCUUCAGUUCUUGGCUUCAAACCCCGAGGCGUACAGCAGAUACCAUGACUGGCGCUCCAGAUAUCGGGUGCUGAAUGAACACGGAUACUUCGCCUCACAAGUCUUUCACUAUUGCCGCAUAUGUGAAGCGCUCAAUUAUAAUGAUCCUGCAACCAAAGUUUACAAUAAUAUGGAAGUGAUUUGGAAUAAACAAACGCAUUGUUUCCCGCCAACCUGGGAAGAUAGGAUGAAAUCCCGGCAAGAGACUAAACUGUAGCCUCGUACAAGAGUGAUGGUAGUUGUCAUGGGUUCAGUUAUUCCCAGUUAAAAUAAGGCUUACUUAUAAAGGUAACACUGUGGCUGAGCAUCAUGAAUUCCUACGCGCAACUUCUGGUCCUCUGACUCUACAGCUACCACCUCUACCUGCAGCCGGACCUCCUGCCUCCAGUUUCCGCAGACAUUUAGCUAGCUAGUCAAGAUGCUCCAUGGAUAGCUUAGUUUUAGGAUUAUAUUUAAGCAUUGUACUCAUUAUUCAUGCAUGUCAGAGACGGUGUUGGACGUCUCAAACAAUAAGCUUGUUUGUUUACGGCCACUAUAGGUAAAUCAUUGUUUUCCUGUAUAUAAUGUUAUUUAGGUACACGUCCAAGGGUUAUCAAAUUUGUCAAGCAGAUCGCCGAGGACGCCAAUGAUAGCGUGCCGGGCGGUGUUGGACCCCAAUUAGGCGCCAUGGACAUACACAUGGGGUGACCCAAUACUCUCUUAUGAUGGCCGGCGCUAAGCUAAACAACUUAAUAGGUAUCAACAACGUUGUCAGCAGAUCUGAAUGUAGCCCUGCGCCCUGCAGCCCUCAGACCUUCAGAGACAGCCUGGGCAACGAAGCGUCUAAACACGCUCCCUCACACACUCUAAGCUUCUAGAGCCUAGCCCGUGUACAAGAUAUAUAUUUUUAUAAUAAAACUAAGGACAAGU